AUUUUGCCGUAGGCAUCUCCCGCCCGAUAUAAGAACAGCUCCACGGAACAUCACUGCAUAGGUUGGAAACAUUUCUAUAUUGGCGUUUAAGUGUACAUGUAGGAAUAUGAUCUACCAAGCAGAAGAUGCAAAACCUGAACAUAACAACAAUGAAGAGUCUGGGGAAGAAUAUACUUUUUAUACUCCGUUUAAAUUUGAUGCGGAUCCACGCGGUCUUGGAAAUUUUUUAUUUAAUAAAAUGAAAAAAUAUAGGCAUUGCAUAGCACAAUAUAUUCAUGAUACCGACCAAGAAGACACCUAUGGUGAACUUUUACUACGGUGUGUACGCACAGCCUGCCAUCUGUCAACCAGAAAUUUAACGAAGGACGAUGUUGUUUUGCUUUGUUCCUACAACCAUAAAGAAAGUUCAGUGCCAUUCAUUUCUAGUCUAUUCAUAAAUGUUCCAGUAGCAUAUUUGGAUCCCAGAUUAUCACUGAUGGAAUCACUGCAUUUAUUGAAGGAUGUAAAACCCAAAAUAAUUUUUGUAGACCCUGAAGGAUUGGAACUUAUGGAAACCUCGGUUAAACAAGCAGGGCUUGACACGGAAUUAGUUGUCUAUGGAUCAUCUGACAUUCACACGGAAUUCUCAAGCUUUAUAAAACCCCAUGAAAAUGAAAAGAAAUUUGUUCCAACGGAGGUAGAUAGUUUGAAGGACACUGCAGUUAUUAUGUUUUCCAGCGGCACCACCGGACUUCCGAAAGGAAUUAUUCUUAAUCACUUGGGACUUAUGGGACAGGUAUCAAUUCUAAAGGGCUAUGUUGAAACUGGUAUGAUUUACUUAACUUACGCAACACUAUUCUGGAUAUCUGCUGUAAUAUAUCAGUUGAUAGCUAUCAUUACCGGGGGAGCAAAACUUACAGUGCAAAAGUUUGAUCCGCACCAGACGUGGUGCCUUAUUGACAAAUAUAAAGUGACUAGUAUAUUUGUGGCUCCAAUACUGGCUGCAGCUCUAUUAAAAGUUGGUCGCCCAGAUGGUUUGGAUACCAGCAGUUUAUGGAAUUUUGUAAUUAGUGGUGACUAUUUCCCAAAGUCACUUCUGCUAGAGCUCCGUAAUCUGCUUCCAGGGACUUUUGUGUUUAAUGCAUACGGACAGACGGAAGUGAGUGGAAUAUUGACGGUUUUCAAAAGUUCAAGUGAUAAAGAGGCGCUGUAUUUGCAUUCGAAGCCAACAUCUGUCGGAUUGAUUAUAGCAGGAAUAAAAGCAAAGGUUGUUGAUGUAUAUACAGGAGCAAUUUGCGGACCAAAUGAAGAAGGCGAGCUCAGAAUUAAAUCAGAUUUCCUUAUGAGUGGCUAUCACAAUCACGAUACUUCAGACUCUUUCGAUAGUGACGGUUGGAUGAAAACUGGUGAUAUAGUUAACUAUGAUGAAGAUGGUUGUUUUUAUAUCAAAGACAGAAUCAAAGAAAUGAUAAAGUACAAAGGAUUUCAAAUUGCACCUGCUAUGCUAGAACAACUUAUUAUGACCCAUUCGUCUGUCGCUCAAGUUGUAAUAAUUGGUAUCCCUCACGAUGCAGAUGGCGACCAUCCUAUGGCUGUAAUUGUCCCAAAAGAAUCUUCAACGGCAUCUUUAACAGAGGAAGACAUCAUCAAAUUCGUAGAUGAAAGAGUCUCAGAUACAAUGAGACUUAGAGCAGGAGUAAAGUUCGUUAGUUCUAUUCCUAUGACUCCUUCAGGAAAAAUAAGAAGAAGAGAUGUAAAGAAAAUGGUUUUAGACGGGGAUCUUUAACAGAAUUUUAAUUUUUUCUGAUUUUGUAUCAUUUAGUAGUAUUAAGAAUAUUAAAUAGCUAAGUUAAAGAACCAAAA